GCCCCUCUUUGCCUGUACAGCGUUUAAUCUCAGUGGACGGUGGCCGAAAAGGAACAAUGGUUUCCAUGUCAGCGGAUAAACGCGCUCGCCUUAGCUACCGGACGAGGGAGGAUGCAGUAGUGAGUGCGUGCUGAAAAGCGAGGAAGCAACUAAAGUCAGUGAGCAAUAGAGCAAGAGCUAUGCCAAGCCGGGGCCUAGUGGCCGGGCCAAACUUUGAGUAUUUUCAACGUCGCUAUUUCACGCCUGCCGAGGUGGCCCAACAUAACCAGCCGGAAGACCUCUGGGUGUCUUACCUGGGAAACGUGUACAACCUAACCCCGUUGGCACAGGAGUACAAGGGAGACUUGCUGCUGAAACCCAUCGUGGAAGUGGCAGGCCAGGAUAUCAGCCACUGGUUUGAUCCGAAAACCAGAGACAUCCGCAAGCACAUAGAUCCGCUGACCGGUUCCCUGAGAUACCGCACCCCCCGGGGCCGCUUUCUGCACGUGCCGCCUCAGCUACCCCGUUCGGACUGGGCCAAUGAUUUCGGGAAGCCUUGGUGGCAAGGGUCGCGUUAUGAGGUGGGGCGGCUGUCCGCCAAGACCCGGAAUAUCCGCAUCAUUAACACGCUCACGUCGCAAGAGCACACACUGGAGGUGGGGGCCCUGGAAUCGAUGUGGGAAAUCCUACACCGCUAUCUCCCCUAUAAUGCACAUGCUGCCAGCUACACGUGGAAAUAUGAAGGCAAGAACCUGAACAUGGAUUAUACUCUGGAGGAGAAUGGGAUCCAGGAUCAGCAGGAAGAAUUUGAUUACCUCAAUAUGGACAGUACACUUUACACACCUGCAGUACUGCUGUACUUCAAUGAUGACCUCACAGAACUAUAGGACGGGAGGCGUAUGCUCCUGUAGACUCAAGACAGAUUUGGAGUUUAGCUGUUUCUGUGCCCUGGAGGAAAAGAGGUGGGGAUGGGGAGGGGCGAUGCCUAGACCUAGACCUUCUUUCCACUCUGGGAGCUGGCAUGAGGUUCCCAUGCCCUAAUGAAGUGUAAAGAUCCUGUUCCUCAGGUUCAUUAGCAUUUACUCUGAGAAAGCUAGGGAGAAUGCUAGAAAUGGAUUCAUUUUUAGGAAUGAUACAAGAAAAUAAGGUAUCUUAGAUCAGGGAGAUGUAGAAGAGGAUAGUCAAAUAGAGCUCAGGCAAAACUUAUCCAUAGUAAGAGAAAGAGAAGUUCUACACAGGGAUGAGGGGUGGAAGAACUUUUCUGGCAAUGAUGGAAAUGGCAUAGCUGCAGGAAGAUGGGAUUUACAAAGACAGGAAGAGGAGAUAUCUGCCACUGGCCACACAAAACUGGUUAGUCUUCUGAAUAGUAUUUGGCAGCUGAAACUGAAGAGGAAGAGGGGGAGUGAAUGGUCACCAGGUAAUUCAGGCCAAAUAUUAUGCUAUAUAUGCUAAUUUAAUAUAACUACCCAUAAGACAGAUACCAUUCCCACUGUUCUACAGAUAAAUCUUCUGAAGCUUAGCAAGAAGCUUAAUUGCACAGAAGGUACACUAGUUCACAACCAGAAUGUAAAUGCAGGUCUUUCCAAUUCCAAAGUCCGUGUUCUUUUCAAUAUGAAGAGAAUAUGUCAGUGUCCCAGCUUACUGCAUAAUGGGAACCUAUAGGCCUAUUGUGUAGUCAGCCAUGGUGUGGUUUUUUGUUUGUUGGAGUUAUUGUCUCUGGAAGGGAGUUAGCAGAGUUCUCCUGUGGCAGAGAGGACACAGGGAAGGCUAAGUGUCAGCUAAAUAACAGCUGUUGAGGCUACUUCAUGGUUAAACCCACAGCAAACCUUUCCUCUGACUCUUCUGAGGCACAGAGGUGGGUAUAUACUGACUCCAGGAAAACAAGAGUGGGUAAGGGCCACUGGAUAGGCCACUUUGGGUACAGAAGUGUAUCCACAUGGGGUACAAAAAGGAAGCAUUGGCAUGUAUAUUCAUGAUGGGCCUGUGCCUCUGAUGGGAAGGUGAGGAAGAUGGAGUUGGCCUUGCCAGAUGGUGACUCUGCAAGAAGGGGCUUGACAGGGGUGAUGCAAAGGGAGAAGCAAGCUAAGUCAACUAAGCUAACUAAGUUCUCAAAAGAGAACAACCAUGGAGGGCAGUAGCCAGAUUUAGUCCCCUAUGACCUAAGCAGGGAAGGGGAAAUGAGAAUAACAGGUGAAUUUCUUGACAGUUUCAGGCAAAAAAAAGAAGCAGGGAGAUUGUUAGUGCAUCUUCCUGGAAGGUGGCCCCCUAGGAGACAGUGGGUGGGCUGCACAGGAGUGCUGAGGGGCUGAUUAGGAAUGGCAUGGACAGAGGUAGGGACAUCUGUGUCCCCUUUUGGCUUCAGCAGUGUGUGAAUUCACUGUGAGACAGAAUGAGACUUCCAUUCAGUCCCAUGUAAUGACAGAAUCCAUGAAUUAUCUCAAUCAUUUUGACCUUUCAUCAACUCUGCAGCUGUUUCAUGUGUAUCUUGUUUGCUCAGUUAAACCCGGGAACUAUUUGAGAACCAAAACUGUGCUGUUGCUCUAGCCUUGGCCUUGGUGCCUGUGCCUAUGGGAUCUGCCCAAACUUGCCCCUCUUUCCACAUUUCCUACUUCAGUACCUCUUGCCAGACACACAUCCCUGUCCUCACACACAGUCACUCUCCAAGCAGAUCCUAUCACCUAAAUAUCUCUGGGAUCCAUCUGCUUUUCUCAAAGCUGUCAUUACUUCUGGUCUGGAGUGCUUCCUAACCAGUCCUCCCAUAUCCACUUCUGUCCUCCCUGGCGGCUCAGUGGUAAAGAAUCCACCUGCCAAAGCAGGAGAUGCAGAUCGAUUCCUGGAUUGGGAAGAUCCUCUGAAGAAGAAAAUAGCAUCCCACUCCAGUACUCUUGCCUGGAGAAUCCCACAGACAGAGGAGCCUGACAGGCUGCAGUCCAUGUCAAAGAGUCGGACACGACUUUGUGACUAAACAACAGCGUCCACACAGAGCAGAGUGAGCUCUGAGAAACAAACCUAAACAUCUAACUUUCCUCCUGCAGAUAUCCCAGGGGCUUCCAGUUGCUUCUGGAAUAAAAUCCUAAGUCCAAAGACCUUGCAUAAAUCAGCCUCUACCUGGCAUCAUCCCAUCUUCAUUCUCUACCUCCCAGUCACACUGGUUGGGUUUCUGUUCACUAAAUGCCUUUCUGCCUCAGAGCCGGCACACACGCUGUUCUCCCUGCUUGCAACACUCUUCCAUUUCCCACCUUGCUAAAAGUGUUUCUUCCUCACAGAGACCUUGUCUGAUUUCUUGAUGUAGGUCAAGACUUUCUGUUAAAUCUUCUCUUAGCACCAGGCCUAUUUCAGACCGCUUAUUACAAUAGUAAUGUUAACAUUAUGGAUGUUAAUUGGCUGGCUGGCUGCUAGAUUGUAAACUCACAAGGGCAGAUAGCAUGUACAUCUUGUUCACUGCUGUAUUCCCAGUGUUGGGCACACAGUUGCUACGCAAUAAAUUUUGAUGAAUGAACUCAAACGUUAAGUGAAUUCCUCUGCCUGUAAUAACUAGUGGAUGGAUGCUGUGUCCUGGGGGGCAAGAUGGGACCAAGAAAUAGGAUGGGUCCCAAACUGUAAUCUCUGUCCACGGGUUUUUUUCCUUGCUUGCCAUAGAUCCAAGACCAAAAGUGACUCCAUAGAAGUUCAUCCCCUCACAGAGAUUUUUUGGGGCAAUCGACCUGUCUUUUCUCUAUAUGGCCACCAGGUGGCUGUAGUCACCUAUAGAGUGAAGGGAGAGGGGCCUGGAGGAGGAAAAAACACUUCCAACUUCUAAGCAGGUUAGGAUUAAAGGUAGCCCAUGGAAAUGCAUAGGUGGGAGGAAAGGAUCAGAAAAAAAGAGAAAACAACAUGGCCACUAUUCUGUUAGCAUUAGGUUUAUUCCUGUUUUUAAUUUUUUUCAUAAGCACAUGCCAGAAAAGGAGUGUAGUUUGACAAAUAAAACUCAUGGGAUAGGCCAUGAAGGGGGUCUAAUUACAGGAGUGGGUGUGUACAGGGUGAGGCACAGAACUAUGGAAGGGAUAAAGAUAAAAAAUUUUUCAGAUAAUAGAGUAUGUUCUUUUAUUCUUAGUGGGUUUUGUUGUGCUUGUAUAAAGCUUUCUACUGGGCACUACCUUGAUUCUCUAGAUAUCCAAGACUGGAUAUUUGCAUGAAGAGUAUGUGAAUAAUGCCUGUUCCUAAAACCUAGAUUCUAAAUAGAACAUGAGUGUAGGCUUCAGGUCCUUCUGUGGUGGUCUCUCGUUUUGGAGGGAGGUGGGGUGGGGGUAGUAUAUUGAAAGAACAGUUUCCUAUCCUAAGUAGAUCACUGCAGCUUCAAAGAAUUCACCUGGUGAAUAUUUCCCACAAGCCUCAGUCACUGGAUGCACAUAUCCUUUGCAGGGAGCUUGCUCACUCAGUGGGCUACAACAUGCACACAUGAAAAGGUAAAUGAAUGGUAAAGGACAAAAUUAUGGCAAAUCACAAUUAGCCUGGGCCUGCAGAAAUGAUUUCUAAAUAUUAUGUGUAUGUGUUUAUGUCUGCAUCUGCAGAGAUGGAGAUGUGUAUGAUUUUGGAGAAAAGUGCUAUAAUUUCCAUCUUAGUCUCAAAAUGGCCCAGCCCCUGACCCUGAAAUAGUAUACACAUAAGCACAAUCAUAAAGACCCCAAAAGUAAAAUAUCAAAGGUGACAAUACAGUGUGGUCCCAGGAUUCCUGUCACCUGCCUCAAUGGUCUACUUCAACCUGAUAUCUUUGAAACAAGAUAGUAAUAGGCCACACUGAGCGGCAUCACCUCCCUGCAUGACAAACAUAGGCCACUGUUCCAGUCACCUACUGUUGCUUAAAACCAUCCCCAAAGUGGCUUCAAACAACCACCAUCACUAAUUUUGCUGAGUCUGUAACCUGGGCAGGGUUCAGUGGGGACAGCUCAUUUUCACUCCAUAAGGUGUCAACUGGGUAGAUUACUGGAAGCUGGAGAAUUCACUUUCAAAAUGGCUCACUUGCAAACAGCUGGAAAGUUGAUGCCAUCUAUGGGCUCUUCUCCAUGAGGGCCCCUUCUCAGCUUGGGUGGGCUUCCUCAAGGCAUGGUAGCUCAGUUCCAAGAGCAAGUCUCCCAAGAGAACCAGGAGGAACUCAAGCACUUUUUAUAACCUCAUCUCAAAUUCAAGGGGAAGGAACUAGGCCUCACUUCUCAGUGGGAAGUGUCAAAGUCACACUGUAAUAAAAACAUGUUGGAUGUGAGUUAUUAUUGUGGCCAUUUUGGGAAAAUACAAUUGACCACAGAUGCCCUGGAGGCAAAAGGAGGGACAUCCAGUCAGUCUUAGGUAGCAGUGGGGUUUUGAGUCUUUCUGAAAACCAAAGUUGGAAUCCUGGCCCCAACAUCCACUUCUUCAACUCAUUAACCCAAUACUGAGCAUCUGCUAAUGUAUCAGGCACAAUACUGGACUCUGUGAAUACACUAAAUAGUAAGACACAACUUCUGCCCUCAAGGAGCUUACAGGAUAGUGGGAGAUUCAUACAAGUUUGUGAACUCUUAACCAGUCAUCUUGCUUCCACUUGUACAAAGCAGCCAAAGGAAGUAUUUUGUUUGUGUUUAUUUUUUACUGGCAUGUAAUUGAUGCUUUUGAACUGUGGAGUUGGAGAAGACUCUUGUGAGUCCCUUAGACUGGAAGGAGAUCCAACCAGUCCAUCCUAAAGGAAAUCAGUCCUAAAUAUUCAUUGGAAGGACUGAUGUUGAAGCUGAAAUGCC